UUAUUAAGCGAUUUGGUGUCGACGGCGAACAGUGAUGAUAUAUUUCCUGGCUAUUCCACUGACAAGGAAGACUUUAUCAGGAAAAGCAUGCACCGGAGCAAUCAAGACUUCGUGGUCCCGGAUAAAUCCGUCUGCAUUGGUGACGUGAAGACCGUGUUUCAGUACAGAUCGUGGCUGAACAACGAAGCAAUCUCCAGCUAUAUGCAAUUGAUCGGAGAACGGGAUCCCAACAAAGUCUACGUUUUCAAUACAUACUUCUACUCGCUGCUAUCGAAAUCAACUGUUAGUUUUUUUUCUCAAGAUAAUUUUCGAGAUAAUACAACUCGAACCGUUGUUUUUCACAGCACUUGCGGCUAUGAUGCCGUUGAAAGUUGGGAAUUCCCGAAGGAUCUAUUCGAUUACGAUAGAGUCCUGAUACCUGUCCAUGAGAAGUUUCACUGGAGUCUAGUGUGUGUACAUUUCAAUGAAAAAUCUAUUAAAUACUACGACAGUUUGAAGAGGACAAAUAUGCGGUGUGUAAAACUAGUUCUAGACUACUUGACGAUGGCAAGUUGGAAAAGAACGCGUAAUGAAUUCAAUAGCGACGAGUGGCAGCUAUUUCAUGCCGAGGAUUGCCCGAAACAAUUUAAUUCAGACGAUUGCGGAGUUUUCACUUGUAUAAACGCGGAAUACUUGGCCAGAGGAGUGAAACUGAACUUCAGCCAGAGCGAUAUACGAAAGUUCAGGCAUAGGAUAUGUUAUGAAAUACUGACGAAUCGCUUAUUGUUCAGUCUGGACGAUGUCUACACUAUUCGCUAUCAUAAAUUAUGUGUUUCAACCAAGAGCCUUUCGGAAACUUUCAGAGAGCCGUUCGGGAACUUUGAAUAUGAAUCGGAUGCAGAAGAGACGAGGACUCUCGCCGUCGAAUCCGUUCCGGUUCCGUCCAACAACAUCCUGGCAACAGACUUGCGAAUAUCAGUGUGCAACAAGCGCAAACGCCAUGAGCCGGGCGACCCACACGGGAUGAAGACGCGUCCGAUGGGCCGGAUUGGCGUAGUGACGGACUCGGAGUCAGACGGUAAGGACACGAUGAUCGUCGUCGGCGUAGCUGACUCGAUUACUUCAAACAAUAUCCUGGAAGUCGACUUGCAACGACCAAUGUGCAACAAACAAAAACGCCAAGAACCGGAUGAUACAUCGGAAAAGCGGAUGCGCCUAAUGGAACCUGUCGAUGUGAAAUUGAUCGACAGUGAUACUGACGUGGAACACGCGCAGACCGUGGUGUCCGAUCCGCGCUCUUCGGACGGGGUCGGCAAUAAGCAACGAUUACUAAAAAACGACUUGCCUGUGGUGGACAGCGAUGAUAUAUUUCCCGGCUACUCCAUGGACAAGGUAGAAUUUAUCGUUCUCAACAUGCGCCGGAACGAUCAAGACUUCGUUGUCCAGGAUAAAUCCGUCUGUAUCGGUGACGUGAGAACCGUGUUCCAGUACAGGUCUUGGCUGAAUGACGAAGCAAUCUCCAGCUACAUGCAGUUGAUUGGAGACCGGGAUCCCUGCAAAGUCUAUGCUUUUAACACGUACUUCUACCCGAUGCUAUCCCUUUUUGAUUAUCAUGCCAUUAUAAGUUGGGGAUUUCCUAAGGACAUUUUCGAUUACGAUAGAGUCCUGAUACCUGUCCAUGAGAAGUCUCACUGGAGUCUGGUGUGUGUCCAAUUCAACGAAAAAACAAUUAAAUACUACGACAGCUUGGGUAAGACAAAUAUGCAGUGUUUAAAACUAGUUCUAGACUACUUGAAGAUGGAAAGUCGGAAAAUGAUUAGUAAUGAAUUCAAUAGCAACGAGUGGCAGCUAUUGCACGCCGAGGAUUGCCCGAAACAAUUAAAUUUUGACGAUUGUGGAGUUUUUACCUGUGUAAACGCGGAAUACUUGGCCAGAGGAGUGAAACUGAAUUUUAACCAGAGCGAUAUGCCUAAGUUCAGGCAUAGAAUAUGCUAUGAAAUACUGACGGAUCGCUUAUUGUUCGGUCUGGACGAUUCAUGUCCCCGGUCCCACGGCUGA